UCAAACUGUAAACGACUACAACUCCCAACCUAUCACGCACAAAUCCAGGAAGUCAGGUUUUUCAAGCCUGUUUCUCCAUAGUUGCCAACCUAAAACAGAAUGGCAAAGCGGUUUAGAUGUGUUGAAUGCAAUAAGGACGCCCACGAGCUUCACAGAGAUUACAGUAAUGGGAUCUUGAAGAUAACCAUAUGUGGAUCCUGCCAAAAGCCUGUAGACAAGUACAUUGAAUAUGAUCCUGUCAUUAUUCUGAUUGAUGCCAUUUUAUGCAAAACUCAAGCAUUCAGACACAUUCUGUUCAACACUACAUUGAACAUUCACUGGAAGCUGUGUGUGUUUUGCCUGCUGUGUGAGGCCUACCUGAGGUGGUCACAACUUCAGGGAUCUGAGCAGAGCAAUGACCCUGCAGACAUCAUUAGAUACACCAAGGAAUGGGAUUUCUAUGGCAUGUUUGGGGUGGCAGCUCUUGAAUUGGGUGCGUUUUCUGUCGGAGUGCUGUCCUUCCUGUGGCUGGUUCAGUGGUUGCUUGGCUUUGACUUUGAACUGAGCUUACUGCUGAAAGCCCUCCUGCUGUCCAGCUAUGGCAAAGUCCUGCUCAUCCCUGCAGUCAUAUGGGAGCAUGACUACUCCCCGCUCUGCUUCAGCCUCAUCAAGCUGUUUGUGCUCACGUCCAACUCUCAAGCCAUAAGAGUCAUUCUAAACUGCAGCAGAAGGCUCUCCCUGAUGGCUGUGUGUGUGGGUCUGCUGUUAGAAACGUGCGUAGCCCAGGCGUUGCAGACGCUUCCAUGGAGCAUACAGGACAUCCUGCCGUUCCAGUGAUCUGUUUCAGGCCAGUCCUGAAGAACACACUGUUACAAUGGCACCUAUUACACCCUGGACCAGAGUGGUGAGGAGAGACUAUAUCCAGGAGUAUUUGGACAGUGACAGUUCUUUUUUUUUGGGGGGGGGGGCUCUAUUACAACACUUUGGAUUUGAAAUUAUACAAUGAUUGAUGUUAAAGGCCCAGUGCAGUGAAACAUUAUUUUUUUCCUGUUUUGUAUCAUAUUGUACAACAGCUGAUGAAACUGACACUGUAAUAAUGUAAACAAUUUUAUCAGUGUUAUUUCCUGAUUUUCUAGUUUUCUCUUCCCUACUCAGACCACUCCCAGAUUGUCCUAGCAGAAUUCCUGCUUGAGAAAUAUUUGUUUGCUAAAAAAACUAUUUUUGUUCAUUUUGAUGGAAAACUAAUACAGUAAGGUACCUAAUUGUUACCCAGAAAUGAUUUGAUAUUGUUAUAAAAAAAUAGUUGCAUUGGGCCUUUAAAGUUCAGACUGUCGGCUUUAAUUUGAGGCCAUUUUCAUAUCAGUUGAACCAUCAGAAAUUACAGAACUUUUUGUACAUUGUCUCCCCAUUUUAGGAAACCAAAAGUAAUUGGAGAAAUUCACUUAUGUGUAUUAAGGUAUUCAAAAGUUUAGUAAUUGUUCCCAUAUUCCUAGUAUGAUAUGACUAUAUCAAGCUUGUGACUCUACCAACUUGUUGGAUGCAUUUGCAGUUUGUUUUGGUUGUGUUUCAGAUUAUUUUGUGCCCAAUAGAAAUUAAUGGUAAAUAACGUAUUGUCAUUUUGGAGUCACUUUUAUUGUAAAUAAGAAUAGAAUAUGUUUCGGAAGAGUUCUACAUUAUUGUGGAUGCUACCAUGAUUAUAGAUCAUCUUCAUCGUAAUUAAUUGUAAAUAAUGAUGAAUGACAUUUACAGAAGAACCAAUAUCACACCCCCCCAAGACAACCUCUGACCAUUACAAUAACAGGGCAGGUUAGCAUUUUUUUGGGGGGGUAUGAUAUUUAUUCCUCUAACUUUCUCACUCAUCAUUAUUCACGAUUCAUUCAGGAUUAUCUGUAACCAUGGUAGCAUCCGCAUUAAUGUAGAAGUGUUUGGAAACAUAUUAUAUUCUUAUUUACAAUAAAAGAGACUCCAAAAUGAUACACAAUGCAUUAUUUGCCCUUCAUUUCUAUUGAAGCACAACCAAAACAAACUGCAAAUGCAUGUCACAAGCUUAAUGUAGUUAGUCAUUGAGUGCUAGGAAUAUUGUACCAAAUACUAAACUGCUGAUACACAUAUAAGUGAAUUUGUCCAAAUACAUUGGUUCCUUACAAGGGAGGGACUAUGUACAAAAAGUGCUGUAAUUUUGAAAUGGUUCACCCAAAACAUUUAUAAUAAUCAAAUAAAAAAGCUGAUAGUCUACAUUAACUGCAAUUUAACCUCAUAGUCAUUGUAUAAUUUCUAAUCCAAAGUGCUGGAGUACAGAGCCAAAACAACAAAACAUGUGUCACUGUCCAAACACUUCUAGGCAAAUACUGACACUAUGGACCUAACAACAACAACCUCUCUGUUGGGAUUGGAGUUACUGAGGCCACGGGACAUUCCUGAGGCUAUUUGUCAAAAUAUCUACCACUAUAGAAAGCGCAGUAGCACAUAGUGAAUGUAUUCUUAAUUCCAUGCAAUGCCAAAAACCACAAAACCACUGUGUAUAAACAAAACCUACUUUGAUAUGGAACAGGUGUGUGUGUGUGUUACAGAAAGAAUUUGCAUUGAUGGGCUUUACAGUAAUCACAUUUAUAAGUCUUAAAUUGUUUUGAAUUUAAGAUGUAAAAAAAAGAGCAAUACUCUCUUGGUGAUCAAGCCUGUAUGAUUAAGACUAGGAACCGUGGAAUGAUAAGCAUUUGACACACAUGCUCACAGAGGCUGGCUUUAUGUGCUAAGGCCCCUUGAGACCAUCUAAUCGGUUAUGUAGUGCAUAGCCAGAUAUCAGUCUGCAUAUUUCCUGACCAAAGCCAGCUGCUUUGUUGGUAUUUCUUAACUGUAUAAAGCACAUAAAUCUGUCCACUGGAAAUGCUGCUGUUGUAUGCAGACAGAGCCUAAAGUCAGUGUGAAUAAAAGUAUAUUUUUGAUAAUUCACUGA